AUGCCCCGCCGGAGCUCUGGUCUGUUCUAAAGAAAAGGAUUCCCCUUUGUGCUUUUUCGUCUUUUAGAUCUUCCCCAGCGUUCUCUGCUUGACUGUGCAUGUUUUCCCGGCGCGCCAUUAGGGCUAAAGUUUGCUUCCUGGUGUGGGUAUCAUAGCUUCCCUUGCGAGGGGAUGCUGCGCUGCGCCUUAUUUUUCUCCUAGAUGGUGGGUGACGUCUUAGGGCGUGUUCUCUUCUCCCGCCCGUUUUAUUUCCUGGGUCUUCUGAGGUUCGUCCGGGAUCUUUAGGGUUUCAUCAAGGGUUGCCUCUCAUUUCUCGCAUCUCCGUCCGAACCUAUGGAACGGGAGCAGAAGGACGCCUGCCCUGCGGUUUAUUGUUCUUCCGUCUGGUAGCUCGAGCUGAUUGAAAUGCAACCGCUGAGAUCAUCAAGGGUUUCUUGCCAUUGCCUGUGGACACUCUUUUUCUCUAUGAUUGCAUCAUUCUCGAUUGCCGAUCGUGGAGUCGAUCAUGUCCUUAGCUCAUCAUGAGAUGAUCUUUCUGAUAACCGAGUGGCCCUUGCGGUGGGUGGCAUGGGCGUCGAUCUUUGAAAAAAAUAAAAAUAGUUGCACGAUUAAUCUGGCCAUUUCCUGUCGGUGAAUGAAAAAUACAUCAAAAUUCUUUUUGUUUCUAGGGCUUGUGAAUGUGCAUGUGAUGAAUGUUUGAGAAUCUCUAACGCUUGUCGAGGUCCUGAUCCUGUAGGUCGCCCUGCUCCCCGUGCUGCUCCUCGCGCUGCCCCUGUGCGUUCCCCCUCGCAACCAGGUAAAAAGACGGUCGAUUUUUAUCCGCUGUCAGACUGGAACUUCUGAUGAUAUUUGCGCAUGAAUUUCGGCGACGCGUUGGUCAUCGUCACUUAUUUCUCCGGGAUUGUUUUGGUAUCCUUAGACCGUCUGUAGAAGUUUCUUCCCAUAGGGCAGCUCCAUUGUCAUUCCUCUGGUUCAGAUCCAUCAUUUAUGGAUAUUUAUAAAGGUAGAGGAUUGAUAAACACCAAAGGAUCUCCUCAUAAUAAUCACUGGACGAGUUAAAAAGACUGAAUCGACAUUGCCACGCUAAUCGUUUGCAAGAACACAGAAUAGGCCUCGGCACAAUGAGAUGGGACUUGAGUGUCCUCAUUGCUUUAUAUUUGAUUGUGUGCGGCAUUGUUUGCUGGUAUCUCAUCAAUUUGGUGUGUUUUUUGCUUGUGUUUGCUUAUUUUCUCCGUUUUCUGGUGUCCCAUCUUUGACAGAAUUAUUACUUUCCUGUAAUUAUUUUUACUAUUAUUGCUUGCGCGGAGUUUUUAGUGCCUGACCUAACACCGGAUUGGUUUUGGAUUAGGGUGGUUAUUUCUACUAUUAUUGUCUUCGUUACUGUUCCCAUUCUCGGUUGGUCAUCUAACUGUGUUGACUUUUAACACUGAACUAGUUGUGUGAGGACCCUUGAGAGAAAUGUGUUUGAUCCUUCUUUCUCUCUCUCACUCACUCACUCCAUAUAAAUGUAUGUACACAACUCCAAUAGGUGCCUCUCACUGUGUCUCGCCCACCACACAGAUAGAUCCUCUAGAUAGGCAUCGAUGUCUCUUCCUUGGUUCUGAUGGCCUUCUCCAGUGUUGGAUGAGAAGGGUUGAUGGUGGUGACUGUUGUAAGUAAAAGCUUGCUUCUUUCGUUAUAUCCAAAAUAAGCUAUUGUUUUCUUAAACGUGUUGCAGUGAAUCAAGCCCCUCCCCCGGCGUCUGUCCAGAGCCAUGGCGGCGGCGGCAGCUCUAUCCUUGGGGGCAUCGGCUCUACCAUCGCCCAAGGUUGGUGAUGUUCAUUCUGCAUUUAGGUUGACUUGCAGGAAGUCAAACCACAAUCCCUGUGAGAGAUUGGGAUUUAUCCUGCUCACUUCCCUGAAUGACUUUUAAUUGUCAGGCAUGGCGUUUGGGACCGGCAGUGCGAUCGCUCACAGGGCUGUAGAUUCCGUUAUGGGCUCGCGCACUGUCCAGCACGAAACCGUGGCCUCUGAAGCUGGUGGUGCCGUCGCCCCAAUGACUAAUCCUGCCGGCGCCGACGCCUGCAGUAUCCAUUCCAGGGCCUUUCAAGACGUAUGUGCAUAUGAUUUCCCGUUGCUCGUUUUUAUUCGCCUGGAAUCAUGGCGGCACUGGGUAGGCUACCCGCGCGUUCUUGGCUGACCAUGGCGGUGUUGGUUGCAGUGCGUCAACAGCAACGGGAGCGACAUCGCAAAGUGCCAGUUCUACUUGGACAUGCUCAACGAAUGCCGCCGUGGCUCGGUGUAG